GCGGUAGUGGUGGUGGUGGAGGGAGGGAGGGAAUCCCAAGUUGCGCGGGAAACCGUUGUACGUGACGUCACGGCAAGCGCGGGGCGGGUGGAAGGGGAUAUCCCCGGUGGCGCGCGCUGCCCGAGCGCCUCAUCGCAGCUGAUGAAGCCGCCUGCUCAGCGCGACUCUCGCCACCGCCGCCACCGCCGCCGGGCGCAACGGGGUGGAUGAAAAAUGUUCAGCGUUUUUGCUAACUGCUGCAGCUGGGUUAAGUGGAAACGCAAGCCUAUGAGGGAUGUAACCUUGGUCAUGCUUGGAUUGGACAAUGCUGGGAAAACCGCUGCUGUCAAGGGGCUACAAGGAGAGGACCUCAAGGACAUCACCCCUACAGUGGGCUUCUCCAAGGCGGAGAUGCGCUUCGGCCGCUUUGAUGUUACGGUGUUCGACCUGGGCGGAGGGAAGCCCAUCCGGGGCAUCUGGCACAACUACUUGGCAGAGGCUCACGGCGUGGUGUUCGCAGUCGACUCAAGCGAUACCGAGCGGCUGCAGGAGGCGCACGAGACGCUGUCUGCAGUGCUGGUCGACCCGCGCGUCGCCGGCAAGCCCCUGCUAGUGCUGGCCAACAAACAGGACAAAGUCGGCGCCCUGGGUGCAGCGGAAGUGAUUGAGCACCUCUCGCUGGAGCAGCUCGUCAACGACAACAAGUGCAUCUGUCACAUCGAGACGUGUUCGGCCGUGUUUGGCAGCGGCAAGAAGCAGGACCGCGCCAUCGUGACCGGGCUGCACUGGAUCCUGCACACCAUCAGCCACGACUACGCCGAGCUCAAGGAGCGUGUGGAGCGCGACACGGCCGCCCAGCGCGCACAGGAGGCCGCCCAGCGCAAAGAGCGCAGGGAAAGGGUCCUGCGGGUACGCCAGGAGAGGGACCAGCAGGAACGCGAAGAGGCGGAGAGACAGGGGAAAUCUGUGAAGGGAGACGAGGACAAUGAGGUGAUGGAAAACCCCUUCCAGCCGAUCGAGAACGUCAUCGCCCAGAACGAAGAUCGAAUGAAGCGAGAGAAGGACACGGCGAAAAGGAGCGCGAGCGCCCUCAACGGCGAGGUGGUGCUGCAGGAGAAGGAAACGUCGGCUGCGGGCAACGCGGAGCCCAGCUUGGGGGAGCGAGGCCCCGCGUUGGGCGACAGCGCGGACGAGGCGGGACGACCGGCGAGCGGCAGCGCGCGCCUCCAACACUCGGAGGGCGACACCGACCGCACCGACACAACCAGCGCCGGCGUUGAUGAGAAGCCCAAAAAGAAACGCAAGAAGGUGAAGCGGAACAAGGUGGAGCCCGUCAACUUGGAAGACCACACGGAGGGUGGCACCGCCGCCUUCACGGCCACUACUACCUCUUCAGAUGUUCGGGGACGACCACUACCACCACUGAUCCUGCGUCCCAUUCCCAACAGCGAGUCCAAUGACGUUCUCAACUAAACAACCAACCCACAUAACCCACGGCAUGGACAAACACCUGAGGACUCAUCGGGACCAUCAACAGACCACCCUAGUCGUCACGCGAAGAUCAGUCCAUAUGGGAUAUCUGAUUAUUUAUCGGUCCAAUUAUGAGUUUGAUUACUCGACUAAUCGAACAACACGAAAAUCGUUGGGGGGAAAAGUCGCACCUCUGUUCCUACGUGUGUCUCUGGACGAGAGGUGAUGAGCGGGGCUUGAUGUUGUCAGCAUCAUCAGCCACAUCACGCUGGCUGUGGCUUGUAGGGGGUUUCCCACCUUCGGGAGGCAGGAUGUGGGAGUAGCCCCAGUUUUUAAAGAGGGCCCAAGCAAUGGACCAUGAAACAAAUAGUCAAAUGCAAACUUUUAGUAAAAUAAUUCACGUAAUCGAUUAACCGUCUGAGCUCUAAUCAUGUGCUUUCAUCACUUCAGAAACUUGCAUUUUUUCAUCUUAAGAACACGGGGUGAAAAGUCAAACCGUAGUCAAGCUGCUUGGCGGGUUAUUUCUAAUAGUCGCAUAUUGGCUAGAAUACUGAAUUUAGAAUGGUCAAGAGAACGUGUUUAUUUCAAACUGAAGCAUAAAAAUACAGCACUAAAUUGGUUCACUUGACACUAUCAGAUAUGAAAAAUAUAAAGACUAAAAAAGAGUUUCCAAACUGCAGAUGGAGCACAAUUCCUUUAGGUCUACCGAUUAACGUUUUAUAUUUUGAUAAAGACUCAAACGGUUUUCAAAAGAGAUUAGCAUGUUUGUUACGAUUUAUUUUAUUCAUACCUAACAGAGAACGUGUGUUUCUGCAGAAAACAAGAGUGUGUUAUUUAACGCGAUCACAAAUACUGUCAGAUCACGAUGAAAGGAAACUGUAUGUAAUUAAACGUGGGACCACAGGACUUCACAGACAAACCAUGCAUUGAAAGGAACCAUAUGGUGUUCCUGAACAAAACAAACGCAUUCUACUUUCUGCUAAUAAUUUGGCACAUUUAGUAUCGUCGCCUUUUGCUAUCGCGCAAGGCUAUCAUGAAAGCGCUCCAUUUCACAGAUAGAUAAAGUCGGCGAAUCCAGCUUGGAGGCUCAAUGGUAGAAUGAGCGGUAGCAUGAUAUGCAGGUAAUUCUUCAAAUGUCGAAUAUUUAGACCGUAGCACAAGCACCCAUAACCUACUCUUUUUCAAAUAACCUGGAUACUUAACGUCCACUGCAGGGGAAAUGGCUGCGUAUUCAUGGUUAAUACAUCCACAGUUUUAACCAGGGUGACCACUGUACUUGAACCGCAAACCCUUGCAACAUCCGGCAGCAGAUGCCCUACCGCUCGGCCACGUCGCUGCCCUAAGCAGCUUAAUUUUUUCUACGAACGCAUUGUUUUCAAACCUUCACAUGAUGGCUGUGUGCAACUCCUACAUUCAUUUUAACCAACUGUAGACGUAGCACAAUGUACACUUUUAUUUUGAUCCUCUGUGGAGCCUGAGUAAGGUAAUAUCAAAUUCAUGGAUUUAUGUCAGUUCAUUAGUUUUACAUUUUAUACGUCGUUUGAAGUUAAAUUACAACUCAAAAACUCAGCCACAUAAAUCAUUAACACUGCUUAUAAUGUAAGAAAUAUGUAGUGGCUGAUGUUUUGCAUAAAGGUGCUUCUUCAGAACAUAUGGAGAUGGUAGGGAUAGCCAUAGGUCGCACUUUAUCCUCUAUGGAGAGGAUAAAUGUGACUGUUGGUCAUCUCUGUUGGUCAUCUGGAUGAUCCAUUCAGAACUCUGGGUCCUAAGUGCACAAAGGGGGUGGGUGUGACCAAGGGCCAUGCCUGGCCACCUUCGUCUCCCCAGUGCUGAUGUUUUCACCCUGCAUCAGUUACUCAUUUAAAGUUGAUUCCACUGAGCAGAGGCCCAGGACUGGGUCCGUAUGUCUCUUGGCACUCAUAUUAGCCAUGGCAAUUACUCGGUGUCUCUUAUUUCCCCUCUACAACGCCUUUACGGAGGCCACUGGGUCCACUAACUUCAGGCAGUAGCACCCCCUCCACCGUUGGCGAUCAUACACACCAUCUUUUGCUGUCGAAUAACAGUAGACUACUUCUGCAGUCAACUUAGAACGGUUUCCUAGCUCUGUCAAAAUUACAGUUUCCUGCAAAUCCCCAGAUUAAAGUGUAACCUCUACCAUUUGGUGCUGAAGGAAGACUGUCACCUGAAACUUCAGUUUCUAUGUAUUGCUCCUUUGCAAGGCAUUUUAAACAAGUGUGGGGUUUUUUUUAAAUAUAUAUUUUGUGUUGCCCCUUUGCACAGUGGCCAAUGCAGUCCCUUAUUUGUUUUGUCACUCCUUUGAAGUGUUUUUGUCAUUUCGAAAGAGAAAGUCCACAUGCAGCAGAACAACCUGCUGGUUAACGCGGCACAUUCGCAGGCCAAUGCUUUGGAGAGCAAGCUUGUUUGCCACUGUGAUUAAGGUACAGGGUGACCUAGCUAUAGAUCCCCUUGGUUAUUCAUACUCUAGGGCUGCCUGGCUUUUACAUG